AUGGUAAUAUUACUGACCAUCUCUAGUGUUGCAACCCAUGUUUGGCGUGAGCUCUUGAAUAAUGAAUCAGAUCUAGCUGAUUAUAUUGAAAUUUGGCUUCAACCAAAUCAAUUUAAUUGUCAAUUGGGAUUACUUGAAAGAUGCGACAAAGAAAUUGAUCCAAUUGCGGCAUGGGAGUUAGCAGUCGAUGGAAGGUCAAAAAUUGUAUGA